AUGGAGAAAAUGCUCUGGUGCUUCCUGGUCUCCAUCAGCUUCUCUGAUGUUUUUGGCCAGACAGAACUGUCUAAGAAGGCCUUCGUAUUUCCCAAAGAAUCGGAUAAUUCUUAUGUGUCCUUGGAAGGACAGGUAAAGGAGCCUCUGAAAGCCUUCACCGUGUGCCUGUGGCAGUUCACUGCACUGAGCAGGACCCGGGGGUUCAGCAUUUUCUCUUACGCCACCAAAAAACAAGCUAAUGAGAUCCUCAUAUUUUGGUCAAAGGAGAGAGGAUAUGCUUUUGCUGUGGGUGGGCCUGAAGUAUUAUUCAAGGCUGUUGAAAUUCCUCCGGUUCCAGUCCACAUCUGUGCCAGCUGGGAAUCUGUCACUGGGAUUGCAGAGCUCUGGGUCGAUGGGAGGCCCAGGGUAAGGAUGAGUCUGAACAAGGGAUACACUGUGGAGACAGACGCAAGCAUCAUCCUGGGACAAGAACAGGACUCCUUCGGUGGGAGCUUUGAUGUAAACCAGUCUUUUGUGGGUGAAAUUGGAAAUGUGAACAUGUGGGACUAUGUGUUGUCACCAGAUGAGAUCAACACAGUGUAUGUUGGCGGGACCAUAAGCCCCAAUGUCCUGAACUGGCAGUCAUUGAAGUACCAGACAAAUGGGGAAGUGUUUAUCAAACCCCAGCUGUGGUCCUGA